UAAAAGCCAGUCUGAUGCAUCACUGUUGCAAAGUGAUUGGUUUUAACUCUGUAGUCUCUCUAUUUUUUUUUUUGUUAAUCAUUGGACUAAUUCAAAUUUUUUAAAACAGUUUUUUUUCUCUGCGGUGCAACAAUGUCUGAUGAGUAAUACAAACCAUCACCAAUGCCCCCCAAGGCAGAUGCCAAGCCCAAAUGCAAGAUUUCAGCCUCACGCAAGCUAUCACUGAAGAUCCUUCUGCUGGCUCGUGCAACAGAAGAGCUGGAGGCAGAGAAGGUGGCUAUUGAAGAAGACAAGGUUCGUCACCUGGGAGAGAAGCUUCCACCGCUGCAGCUCAGUGGUUUAACCUUGGAGGACCUGCAGGUACUCUGCAAGCAGAUGCAUGAAAAGAUUGAUGUGGUGGAUGAGGAGCGGUACGACUUUGAGGCCAAAGUCUUCAAGAACUACAGAGACAUCAAUGAGUUGAAGCUAAAGGUGCAGGACCUUGGAGGGAAGUUUAAGAAACCGGCACUGAGAAAGGUGAGAGUAUCAGCAGAUGAGAUGAUGGAAGCUUUGUUUGGAUCCAAGAGUAAGGCCUCCUCCAUGGACCUGAGGGCCAACCUCAAGUCUGUAAAGAAAGAGGACAUCAAACAAGAGAAGGAGCUGAACAUGGAGGUGGGUGACUGGCGUAAGAACGUGGAGGCCAUGUCUGGAAUGGAAGGCAGGAAGAAGAUGUUUGAUGCAUAAUGCUACAGAGCAAGAUGUUACAAAAAAAAAACUGAAGGGGAAAUGAAAAACCUAAAAAUAUAAGAGAUUAACCAUUACCAUAAGGAAUUACAUGAAAUGGUAUUGGCUGUAUUAAAAUUGGCCUGUUUUAGUAGAAGUGUAGAGAUCAAUGUCUUAUACCACCAUGUAAUUCAUUUGUAAAAUACCUAUGUGAAUAGACAAUAUAUUACUGCUUGAUAAUACUAUUAUGUAUAAAAUGCAAUAAAACUGUUAAAUAUUGCCUCA